AUGUUUAAUACAAUCAGACAAUACCUCUCCCAGAACUAUCAGCUUGGCAGCAAUAGCAGUGACAAUUACCAAUACCGAGAUAACUGGCAUCAACAAAGGAACCAUCAUGUGGGUAACUGGCUGGCUGAUAUGGCUGCAAAUCAGCACCAACCCUUUUAUGAAAAGGAUAAUCGCCAGCACUUCUGGAGCAGAGGCCGCAAGAAGAAGCAAUACUAUGAUCCAACACGACAGCCUUUUGAUGAAUCCAUGUAUUUUCACAAUGGUUACAACAACCAACGCCUAAAGGGCAAGUCAUCGCAUAAAAGUCUAUCUUCCUUAUUUCACAGACACCGGGAUGAAGAUGACUACGCUCAAAAUCACUACCAGCAAGAAAAUGGUGGCCUGGGCUCUCAGUACACUAACCGCUCAUCGUCUUAUCGCCGUCAAAGACAUCAUUCGCUUCCCUCGUCCACCAAAAACCCAUUACAACAUCAAUCUUUCAUGAAUGGGGCUGUACCUAAUAAUGGCCGCCAUCCAGUCAUGGAUAUCGGUCUGCCCGUUCUAACAGCAGCAGCAACGACAGCAGGAAAUCGAAUUGGUGGAAUGCUAGUAGGCAAUACUGGCGGUGGCCUAGGAAAUCCUCUAUUGCCACAACAUCAUCACCAGCAAUUACGACAACAGCAAAUGUUACAACAGCAACAGCAACAGCAACCUUAUUACAAUCGUCAGUCGAUGCCAAUGCAGGGUCAACACUACAAUAAUGGCAUGUUUGAUCAAUAUAAUCAACAUAGUCCAUAUGACGGCAGCCCAUCUCAAUCGCAACAAUAUUCAGAUCGACAUCAUUUCUCUAGUUUAUUCGGAAGACAUCAUAAGGAUCGUUCUCGCCGUCGCUAUGAGCUGGACCAACAUAGCUUAGAUACCUCUCCGUAUUCGAAUUCUUACCAUAGUCCAGAGCAGCAGCAUGCUUUGAAUUACUAUCAUCAGCAGCAACAGCAACAACAACAUCAUGCAUACCCUUACGUAAAUUCUCGUUUUGGUGGAGGCGGCGGUAUGAGUGGCAACUAUCCGCUUCAAAAUAAUCAAAAACGUCAUGGCUAA